AUCAUCAAGUUCUUGCUUGAGAGGUGUUCUCCUUUAAAAUUUAAUUUAAUCAAACCUUUUGAAGACAGUUGUAUCAUGGCAUUGGGCAAUCACUAUUGUAUUGUGAUUCCUGUGUAUGGAAUUCAUUGAUUUAUAUGUUUUGCAGAUAGCAGAACGGACUAUAAGUAGAAUUCCAGUGCAGGCACAUGAAAUGAAUCAACAUGAACAAGAUAUCACAGAUAGGUGUAUCAGACAGGCAGGGAGGACCUUGCAGGAUGUUAUUGCAGAUUGGAUUAGAAAGCUGAACAAUAGAGAAAUUGAUAGAACAAGGCUGCAGCUGAAUCAUGCUGAGAUGAUAACAGCUGGGACGCAUCUUUGCAAAUUGCUCAGUUUCUAUACUAUGAGAAUUGGUUCACACUUGGCAGAAUGCCGUCAUUGCUGUUUUCCUUAAUAUUCCUUCUUCCAUGCAAUGUUCCUUAGUUGAGCUUAGGUCAAUGACCAAUAGCCAAUACCAUUGUCCUCAGCCUUGUACUGUCUCGAGUCCAUAAUAGAUUUAUCAUAUGUUUGACAUCUAAGAUUCUUAUUUUCAAUGCUCAGGAUGUAAUUCACAUCCUUUGGAUUAUAAUAAUUUUGUGUAGUGAAGUUCUGCUUCAAUUUUCUUUUUGCUGAUCUGAAGCUUAAUUGUCUAUAUUCUGUAAAUGUGGCAAUUGUUAUGAAAAGUUGGUUGCUUUCCUUCUGCAUUGGUACAGGAUUUCAUUGCUCAAAUAUGCAAGUCUUUUGAGUUUCCCAUGCAGUAAUUCUUGUUAUCAAAGCCUUGUAGAAUCUCAUUGUAAGAUAUAACAAUUGAAUGACUUCAAGCAUUCAAUCCUGGGAUUCAUGAAGUAUGCGGGUUGAAAGUUAUUCACUAAAUGUGCCUGUCAGCGAAACUGCAGUUGAGCCAUCUGUUUCUUCUUUCAGAAAAUUGUGAAGAGUGCUUUUGAUCUGAUCCUUAUUGGAGAAAUCUUCUUACAUGGGUUGAUUCCAACAAACUAUCUUGACUGGUUGCUGUUACAGCUUUCGCCGUCAGAUGCCAAACAAAGGGAAGAUUGCUGGUAUGGAUAUGCAUGUCGGACACAGCACCAUAGUGAAGAACAUGCUCGUAAGAGAAAUCAUGUGUGUUGUCCAACUCGAGGCAACGCCUAGAAAUUAGUUUGUGAUUUCUACUAGAUAGAACUCAAGAUAUUUAGAGAUCAUUGCAUUUAUAAUGGGUUCUUUCUACUUGCUUAGUGUGUCCUUAUUUAGAGAUCAUUGAAUUUAUUCUUACUUUUGCUUAUAUAAUCUUUGAUCAAAGACAGAAUCCUUAUUUUGAAGUUCU